AUGGUUAGAGAUCAACGGCUAAGAGACAACUGGGCAUUAAUCUACGCCAUUGAUCAGGCUAACAAGGCCAAGGUGUCUGUGCCUGUUGCUUUUAAUUUGUUCGAUCAGGGUUGCGCCAACUUCAGGAAAAAAAUUGAAGAGACCCUUCAAAUUCCCUUUUUCUUAUUCCGGCCUCAUUAUGAUUCAUUACAAGGAGCAUGGGAGUGGGCACAAAAUACCUUGCUGGACCAUGCUUCUGACAAACGAGAACAUAUUUACUCGUUGGAGCAAUUAGAGAGGGCACAAACAGCUGAUCCUCUUUGGAAUGCUUCUCAGCUGGAGAUGAUUCAUUAUGGGAAGAUGCAUGGUUUUAUGCGUAUGUAUUGGGCAAAAAAGAUUCUUGUAUGGACAAGAGGACCUGAAGAAGCCCUUGCAAUAUCAAUUCAUUUAAAUGACAAGUACGAACUCGAUGGGAGGGAUCCAAGUGGAUACGUUGGUUGCAUGUGGUCAAUAUGUGGUGUUCACGACCAGGGUUGGAAAGAGCGUCCAGUUUUUGGUAAAAUUCGUUAUAUGAACUAUGCAGGCUGCAAAAGGAAAUUUGAUGUUGAUGGCUGCAUUACCUACGUCAAGAGGCUAGUAAUUGAUAUUAAGAAGAGAAAAGCAGAAACUCAGCUUGGUGGAAAAACAAAAGAGCCCCGUAGUCAAAACAUUUUACAUCUUGUAAUAGCAAAGCGUAAGAUGAAUACUGAAUGGGCUAGCGUUCCAUUUUUCUAGUUAGGAAAGUUGGACAACGAGAUAAUUUAUGGUGGAAACUUAAUUAACUUAGCAGUUUAUGUGACAAUUUCUGUUGACAGGUAUUAUCGAGUUACAAGAAUUUAAUGCCAUCGCCAUCUAAUUGAUUGUCUAAAA